GAGGGUAUACCUACCUGAACACGUUACGGAUAAUCAUACGCAGGUACUUUAAGAAUCAGUUGGUGUCUAAGUUCAAGAUCGUUAACAUAGUACCGUUUUUGGACCGGUGCUCGCUGUCGUUUUUAGACUAGUUUUGAGUGAAAACAAUUUGGUUUUGGCAGCACCAUGUUCAAACUAGGCACACUACUGCUAGUAACAGCAUUACUCCAAACAACAUAUCAAAAUGACUUCGAAGAAAACGAAGUCGAAACAGAAUCUGGCCUCGAAGAUGUGAUUCAAAAUUUCUUUUUAUCGAAGGGCGGACAAGAGCUCGGCAAAGCCUUACUCACAAUGGGCAGCGGUAACAACGCCAACGAUAUAUUAGACGGCCUCGGUGCCAUUCUCGGCAAAGGCGACGGCAUCGACCCGUCCUUCUUAACGGGGGCACUUCACGCGCUGAUGGAGCCCGAGGAGCCGAAGAAAAAAAGGCAGCUGAAUCCCACAUUCUCCUGGAUACUGGAACUAUUCGCGAAGGAGGGCGGCGCGGAAAAUCUGAUGAAAUUUUUCCCCACCGUCGUGUCGGCGGUCAAUUCGUUUAUUACCGAAAUGGGCAGCAAAGACGAUCCUUCCGGGAACGGAAUGUUGUACCCGUUCAUCGAAAAGGGCCGGGAGCUUUUGGACACCUUUGCGGAUUCCCAAACGGGCCGAUCGAUGUUCGAGCUCUUACGCGGUACGGAAGGGUACAAUCUAGUCUCGGAUAAAGAUGGUAGCUUUAGCGUGGAGAAGCUGUUCGUUUUGCUCGAAAACCACUCGUUUAGAAAGCAAGGUAUUGAGGCAAUUACCAAGAAAAUUGGCGAAAUAGGCGCGCGUUUCUUUGACCCCGCCAUAAGGCCAAUCCUUCUUACGACGCUCGAGACAAAUAUCAAUGGAAUGCUGAAACAACGAGGCUUUCCGAAGGAUGCCGUUUUCGAUCUUGAAAAUCCUGUCGACAGUCUGAGCGCAAUUAUUAAUUUCGGAUUUAAGAAGGCUUUUGGGUACCAAAUUAGGUCAAAGCAGUACGUAAAGCCAACUAUUAAAUACGUGAAGAGCAUUUAUAAUGGGGUGGUUCAUAAAGGGUACUUUUCUGGAAAGAAGAUGAGUGCGGCUGACUUAUCGGAUAAUUUAGCCGAUAUUAUCAAUUUGGAAAUUAUUGAACCGUUUACCAGGGUUUUUAGGGCGUACAGAUUUGCCAAGAAGCAUACAAAAUGUGACAAGUACGUGAUGUGCAUCUUGAACAAAGACAUCGUGGACAAAUCGGUAAAUCUGCCAAUAGUAAAGACCUGGCUAACAAAGGGGGCGAGUUUAAUUGGCAGUUGGUUCAUCAGUAACCAUACCGGUACUUCAUACUGGACCUUUUACUCGUAUGUGAUGGACGAUCUUGAUUGCAAGAAGGUGCACUUCAAGUCUUGCGAUACUUUCCACGAGGAAGAAAUUAAAGCUACCACCAAAUUGGUUCACACGGAAUUAUAGUUAAUAGAUUCGUUUAGUUUAGUGCAGAGUUAUUGUAAUGUUAAAUAUAGAAAUUUUAUUGUUGAU